CCAGUCGUGCACCCACCGGCGCUGCGAGGAUGGAGGAGGCGGCCUGGUUCUGGGGCGUGGCGACGUGCGUCAAACUCCUCCUGGUCCCGACGUACCACAGCACCGACUUCGAGGUGCACCGCCACUGGCUCGCGCUCACCUCCUCCCUUCCCCUCGCCCGCUGGUACUCGGACGCCUCCAGCCCCUGGACCCUCGACUACCCCCCGCUCUUCGCCUACUUCGAGCUCCUCCUCUCCUUCCCCGCAUCCCUCCUCGACCCCACCAUCGUCGACCUCGUCGCCGGCCGGAACUACGCGGCCCCCUCCGCCCUCCUCUUCCAGCGCCUCUCCGUCGCCGCCGCAGACCUCGUCCUCCUCCUCGGCGCCCACCGCCUCGCCCGCCGCCUCCCUCCCUUCCGCCGCCGCCUCGCCUUCGCUCUCCUCCUCUGGUCCCCGGCGCUCCUCAUCGUCGACCACAUCCACUUCCAGUACAACGGCUUCCUCCUCGGGAUCCUCCUCCUCUCCCUUUCUUUUCUCGGCGAAGGGCGGGAUCUAGCCGGGGGGAUAGCUUUCGCGGUCCUGAUCUGCCUCAAGCACCUCUUCUCGGUGGGCGCGCCGGUGUACUUCGUGUACCUCCUCCGGCAUUACUGCAGGGGCGGAUUCGGGAAGGCCUUGGGGAGGUUUCUGGCCAUGGGGUCGGCCGUCGGGGCUGUCUUCGCCGUGGCGUUCGGCCCAUUCUUGUACCAUGGACAAAUGCUACAGGUCCUCCAUCGUUUAUUUCCUUUUGGCAGGGGCAUGUGUCAUGCAUACUGGGCUCCCAAUUUUUGGGUAUUUUAUAUAGUUCUUGACAAGAUACUUGCAUUUGUGCUUGCAAAGCUGGGAUUUGUUAUUCAGGCACCCAAAGCUUCUUUUACUGGUGGGCUAGUUGGGGAUUCCUCACCCUUUGCUGUGCUUCCUCAGGUCACUCCUGCAAUAACCUUCUUGUUGGUUAUACUUGCUAUGAGUCCUUGUCUCAUUAAGGCAUUCUUGAAGCCUGAACCUAAACACAUAAUUAGAUGGGUGGCGUAUGCCUAUACCUGUGGUUUUAUGUUUGGUUGGCAUGUUCAUGAGAAGGCAUCACUUCAUUUUACAAUCCCUCUUGCUAUAGUUGCAACAGAGAGCUUCGAUGAUGCAAGACAUUAUUUCUUACUGUCAAUAGUGUCCUGCUAUUCCCUGUUCCCUCUACUGUUUGAGCCCCGGGAAUAUCCAGUAAAAGUAUUGCUGCUAGCCAUACACUCGAUCCUCAUGUGGUUAGGCAUCUGCCUGUUCAGAUUAAGCAGGACUCCUCACCAAAGUAAAAUGAAUGAUUCGAGGGGCUCCAGCGAACAGAAUCAAUUAAUUGGAUGGACUGGGGCAUGUUAUCUUCUGGGCUUGUUUGGUGUCGAGUUAUGGGGUCAGUUAUUACACCCCUAUUUUUUCGGCAACAGGCUUCCAUUUUUGCCUCUUAUGCUGGUAUCAGUAUAUUGUGCAAUGGGCAUGAUGUAUUCAUGGGCAUGGCAGCUCAGACAGAUAGUAAGAUGCAGCUGAUAGAAUUUUUCCUGACAAAGGAUUCAGGAUUCUAAUGGAUUCCAAUUGUCAAGAAAUUUUGUGUUAGUAAAUGUUAUUUUUUGAUCGAUUAUUGGAACAUGACAUCAACUAAAUUAUGCUUCCUACACUUUCAAUAUUCAGAUGCUACAGUCCUCAGGAAUGAUGCCGUAGUCCUGGUCAAGCAAUAAUGCCUGUGUUCUUCCAUGCUAUAGCCAUAAAAGGCGAGUUCCCUUCAGAUACAAGUUGAAAGAUUCAUUUUGCUGCCACGAUUGCUGAGAACGUCUCACACCUGGUGGUGCCUUUUAUCAUCAUCAGUCUUCACUCUCAGUCUUCUUUGCAAUCUUAGAGCCCUUUUUUUAUAUUCACUGUGCAUUUACUUUGAAGAUUUUUACCAAGAUACAACAGAAUGGUGGGGCAAUGUGCGGACUGAUUAGCCAUCCUUUCGGUUUCUUUAUCUGUUAAUGGGAGCGUUUUCCCCCUUUCUACUCUUUUUCUAGCUUUUUCCUCCCAUGUUAGUAGAAGCUUUGGAAGCACUAUUUUGGAUGGAGUUUUAAUGGAAAGCAUUGCUACCAGAGAGCAACAAGAUGAUAUGUUUUUGCCACGUAUGCUUCUACUCAAGGAUCUCUACUCUAAGGAUCUCCUAGCUCAAUAGUGUUCCCAUGUUUACACUGCUGAAGAGGGUGACUUCUGCAAAAGAGCGUCAUCUUUUUGAAGGUAGUGCUGAAAUCACUUCUGAAUACAGCAGUGAAUGUCAUCUCUACCAAGAGGACAGAGAGAAAACCCCAAAUGCCGUCAAUCCGUUGAACAUGGUGAAUUAUUAGGGUCAGCUGGUUGCAAAGUGGGUUCUACAGGCUCCUACUGUGGUACAGCUUUUCCCAAUGUGUUCAUGGCCAGUUAAAAUGUUAUAUGACUUUGGUUCAACUUACUGCAUCGUAUAUUUUUUGAAGAGCAAAAUGGAACUGUUCAUGUAUUACCAAAAGAGAAAAAAAGAACACUGAUCCUGAUGGUUUGUAUUAUUUCUGUGUGGACUGUUUUUCUGAUGGAUCUAAUCGAGCCAGCUUUUGUCACUCCCAAAUACUCAGCUGUAGAUAAAUGGAAAGUUCUUAGUCCGUUCUGAUUUAGACUAGAGAUUUGCUGACCAUCUUGGUCUAAUAGUCAGUGUCUUUUUUCCCUCUUUCAGUAAAGUUAGAUGCUCUGAUUGUACAUCAAAGAUGUCUGAUGAUUGACAAGGAAAACUAAUAAAGCUGACCUUAAUAUA